GAUGUCUUCUGUUGUAAGAGGAAAAUUUGUCUUCUGCUCAAUUCUUGACAUCUCUCCUGCAGCCGGACUGUCGAUGAAAGUUCACUUAGCGAACUAGCUAUUAAACCCGGCAUUUCCACGUUACACAAUCUGAUUGGGAUGGUAUCAUGGAGGGAAACAAUCAUCAAGAGGGGGAGGCUCAGGGACUGAAGAUUUGUGAGCCCCCAUCUGAGAGCAAUCCACCUGACGCCUCACUGACCUCUCUCUCCCUCUUGGGGAAUCACACGUUUCCUGAUGAAUUGUCAAGAAAUCAUUGUGCCGAUGUUAGCGGAGAAGUUACCGCAGAGGAGCCCAGUGUGGAUACAGAAUCCUGUCCUAACCCAGGAAUGGAAUUAGAGACCGAAGAGACACAAACCUCCGCAUGUCAGAACAGUGUGUCCACCCAGCUGGCUGACGGAGGGCCGGGGGAAGAAGCUGCCGUUGAGAAUGACAAGAACGACUCCGGAGAGUUUGUUGUUACAAUGCUGGCCAAGGCCAAGCUGGAGGAACAAGGUAUAGGUGUAAAGGGUAGAUCAUCUCCUUUGCUGGAGACAGGAGUCCAAGAAUCUCCUGCAAAUAUGUCCCAUCGGGAUGAGGAUGUCACAACUGACGGCUGGCGUCAGCACAGGAAGCACGUUUUUGUGCUAAGUGAAGCCGGCAAACCCAUUUAUUCCCGUUACGGCAGCGAAGAGGCUCUUUCGUCUACAAUGGGGGUCAUGAUGGCACUUGUGUCUUUUGUCCAAAGUGGAGACAAUAUCAUCCGCUCAGUGUAUUCAGAUGGGCACAGUGUGGUGUUCUUACAGAAGGGGCCCCUGGUGCUAGUGUGUGUCUCCAGCAGCCGUCAGUCUGAGCAGCAGCUGCGCGGAGAGCUCCUGUACGUUUAUUAUCAGAUCAUCAGUAUGCUCACUCAGGCCAGCAUAUCUCGCAUCUUUGAACACAAGAAGAAUUAUGACCUACGGAGACUGCUAGCAGGCUCUGAGAAGAUCCUGGAUGGUCUUCUUAACUUGGUGGAUUCUGACCCGAGCUUUUUGCUUGCAGCAGUGCAUUGUCUGCCUCUGGCUUCCACACUCAGGGACUCUCUCAGCCAGAUCCUGCAAAAAGCUAUCACACCCAAUCUGGUUUUCUCAAUCCUCAUUGCCAAAAACCAGUUGCUAACCAUUGUUCAAGAGAAGACCGUGAUCGAGGACGCAAGGUUGGAACCAGCUGACGUUCACCUUCUGCUCAACCUUAUCGGAGCUUCCUCUGCUUUUCAGGCUGGAGAGAUCUGGACUCCCAUCUGCCUCCCCCUCUUCAAUCCUGACUGUUACUUUUAUGCUUACAUUUCUUACCUGGACCCUCCAGAAUGCACGGUUUGUUUGCUGUUGCUCUCAACAGACAAGGAGGCUUUCUACGCUGUAGCUGACUGCAAGAGGAAGAUAGAGGAGGCCAUGUUGGCACAGAACUCCCUGAGCCUCAUUGCCAAAGCCCAGUCAUAUAGUGUGAGCCAGGUUGGCGUCUCAGACCUCAGGCACUUCAUGUACAAGCCCUUUGAUGUGCCGGACAGCUACCGCCAGCUCACUCAGUUCACCAGCCCAGAGAUGGAGGCUCCGUACAACAGUGAAGGGGAGAAAAUGCGACUCCUGGACCUUUAUCGGUACAUGCACAGCCGCAUCCACAGUACCUCACGACCCCUGAAGCUCAUCUACCACGUUGCUGAGAGGGAAACACUGCUAGCCUGGGUGACGAGUAAGUUUGAGCUGUACACCUGCUUUAGCCCUCUGGUGACAAAGGCCUGUGCUAUUACCGCUAUCACUAAGCUUCUACGGUGGAUUAAAAAGGAGGAGGACCGUCUCUUCAUCAGAUAUCCCCCAAAGUAUUCAACCACUCCGAAUCCCAGCAAGAGUUCUAAAGGCAGCAAAUCUGACCAGCAAGACUCCACAGAUAAUGGCUUAUCUCUCCUAUAGGGUUCUGUUAGCACUGCUAUAAGGCUCUGCUUCAUUCACCAAUAAUUAUUACACUGGUUCCAAGACGUUUUCGAAUGCUCCUAUGACACUUAUUGGACUUGACACUGACUACUAGAAUCGAACACUACAGUGUACAUUAUUUAAAAAGGACUAGUCUCUUUGAAACUAGUAUUCUUUUACCUGAGGAAAAGCUUAAUAUUGUAUCACUGCUUACGUAGGAAAAACAGACAGGGCGAAGCUGCAUUGGUACAUUUUAAACUGUGGUAGAAAAAAUUGCAAUGAUAUUUAAAUGUUUUUAUAUAGUUUUAUUACAGAAAAAAAUGAGGGUUUUUUUUCCAUAAGGACAAUGAAUGUAUCACAUAGAUGACAGUUCAUUCAAAUGCUAUAACUUUUCAUUGUCUGUCUUGUGAGUUAAUAUGAGGAGAACAAUUAAUUUAAACUAACUUAUCCUAGACGAGGUCAUAGUUUUUUUGUUUGUUUUU